UGUGCUACAACGACUUCCAACGAAAUUUUGGUUUUUCCAUUGAGAACUGUAGACGCAGACCAGUGUUAACAUGCCGUUCUACCAAAUGCUCUGUAUUACUGCUCACUACAAAGAAUACAGACACAUCAAGGAUCUGGUUCAAAUGUCAGCAAAGCAUGUCAUGAACGCAGGAGGCGUGGUCCGGAAUAUCAACUACUGGGGUACACAGACGCUGCCGCAAAGAAUGCAAAGACAUCAACAAUACUACAACACCGGAGAUUACUGGACGAUGCACUUUGACACCUCCCCACGAACGCUCCGUACGCUGGGUGGUAUCAUGCGACGCGACCCCCGUGUAAUACGAUGGACGAUGCUCAAGCUGGGCGAAAAAGUCGAAGACGUGGUCAAACCACCAGAAAAGACUGUGGAACGUGACGGGUAUCUCAGAAUACCACAAAGCAAGGAGACCAUGCCCACUUGGCAAAACCAGUAGCUGUCUACGAGAUUGUGGAGGAUUUAUCUGACUGUAGAGGCAGUUAUAUUCAUGUGGUGGAGCUAUCCUGAUCAGUAUUAUAUUGCAGCUCAUUAUUAGC